AUGCUACAUACACGCACAAUUGCGUUCCUGCUAGUGGGGCUGGUAGUGUUGGUGAAUGCGCAAACGUUUCAGUAUUCCCGCGGAUGGACAAACGGCAAGCGAUCUUCGUCGGUGGAACCUAUUGUUAAUCAGGUCCCGGUUUCCGGCAUAUCCCCCGGAGCACUUAGCUCUUUAAAACCCAACGAAAAAUCAUUGCUGCGCCGGUUUUUGCGGAAUCCGUGUGAUCUACGAAUCGCCAACCUGCUGGCUGGACAUCCGAGCAAAGAUCUGUACCAGCUGGGAAGUAACAACUACGACAGUUCGGAGUCGGCCGGAUCCGCGUUCAUUUUACCGCAGUUCCUAAUGGAUCCCGAUGAAGGCAACGGAAACAGUAAUUUGCCCAACGGUCGUCCAAUCGAGGACGAAUUGCGCUUCAAGCGCGGUACGUCGUCCGGUAUGAGUGAUCCUCGUCAGAAAAUUGCCUAA